AUGGCUAUGUAUUAUGAUGAUCUCGCUGAAAUCUGCUCUAGUUUAUGUACUUUGGCAGAUGUAGCGGUUAAGCUAUACGAAGAAGAAUACUCCAAAUGCAACACAAAGAAGACUUUCUCUGAAGAAGAAGAAGAGAACGACAAGAGAAUCUUCCUUCUCUUCCCAAGAAAACCAAGAAACAAGCUUGUUACUAGAAGAAGAAACCCUAAUGUGGCUUUUACUUCUUCAACACUCCUUUACCUUAACUCGAUCCUCGUUGAUUCUAACCCACAAAAGCUUCUUCAAUUGCCUUCUUCUUCUUCAUCAUCAUCGUUGGCUCUUGGAGAGCACAAGAUCGCAGCUGAUUCCAUGACCAAAACCCUAAAAAACCCUAAUUCUUCUUCAACCUUACUCGUUGAUUACAACAAGGCUGACUCCGAGAUGACAAAGAGCCCGCCAAACCCUAAUUCACAGUCGUCUCCUUCUUCGUGCCUAACAGAGAACACAAGAAGCCGAAAGAGACGACGUGCCGUGAAACAGAGAAAGGAUAGUACUGGUAAAUCAUCCAAGAAAGCAAAAGUUGAUCUUUCUUUUACAUGGAAAGGGAAAGAGACACCAAAGUGGCUGGUCCAGUUGAUGGAGAACAUGAACGGAACCGACCUGAAACUGAUCUUUGAGAGGGAUCUAUACCAAACUGAUGUGAACCCUGGAGAAAGCCGUCUCUCAAUGCCAUUCAACCAUCUAAUCCAUAGCGAUUUCUUGACGCCUGUUGAGUCGAGAAUCAUAGAAGAAGACAUCAACAACGAUAACAAGACCGGAGUCGGAGCGAUUCUGGUUGAUCAAAUGUGUAAAAAGUACGGUGUGAUGUUCAAGAGAUGGGAGAUGAAGAAAGAUACAGGAAGAGGAAGCUGGAACUACUCUUUGACAUGUGGUUGGAAUGAUGUCGUUAAGGCAAAUGGAUUGAAAGAGAACGACUACGUCAGUGUUUGGUCUUUCAGGUGGCGUCAAGUCCUCUGCUUUGCUCUUGUUCCAAAGAGCUCUUUCGUGUUUGUUCAGACUAUAAAUUGA